AUGGAAGCUCUCUAUGUAGAACAGCAUGGAUGCACGCAUGUGACCACGAGGGAGAGUAUGGAAGACCAGGUGUGUCCCCGUUGUAAAACCACCAAGUACCGCAAUCCCUCACUGAAACUGCUGGUGAAUGUAUGCGGACAUGCACUUUGCGAGAGCUGCGUCGAUCUUCUUUUCAUUAAAGGGUCUGGGUCAUGUCCCCAAUGUCAGAUCCCCCUACGCCGAAACAACUUCCGCAUUCAACUCUUUGAAGACUCCUACGUCGAGAAGGAAGUGGACAUUCGAAGACGCAUUUUGAAGGACUUUAAUAAGAGUGAAGAUGACUUCCCUGAUCUCAGAGAAUACAAUGACUACUUAGAAGAAGUGGAGACAAUAAUAUUCAACCUUGCCAACAACAUUGAUGUGGAUGAGACAAAGCGAAGGAUUGAGCAAUACAAGCGUGACAACAAGGACCAAAUCGCAAGAAAUCGAGUCAGGCCGAGCCAAGAGGACUUAGAACUUGAAGAAAUCCUCAUUAACGAGAAGGAGCUCCAUGAACUCCGCAGCCAGGAGUUUGUAAAAGAAGAAAAGAAGGAAAAGCUGAGGAAGAUGAGAGAAAAGGAAGCCCUCAUCGAUGAUCUGAUGUUUUCUGAAGGAGAUGCUAAGCAGAUUUUGGCCAUGCAUUCCAUCAAGCCAGCAGCCAAAGAAGUUCAGCAGCGGACUGAGACGAGGAAACCGGCGACACAGUUCUCAACUGGUAUUGCCAUUGGACAUAAGGGAUCAUUUGUCCCUCCACCCAAAGUGUCAGAAGCCCUUUUGUACUCUUAUGUGCCCCCUAAAGUGACUCUUUGUGGUCCUGAUGUGCCAGAACCAGAGAGACUGUCAAGUGAUGGGUACUUGAAGCAUGUACGGCAAGCAGAUGAUGCCUCUAUGGCAAGCGGUUUCAGAACAGAUUAUGCAUGUUACCGAGCCCUUCAGGAAGCCUUCAUUGGACUCUUCUUUUUCAAUCGAUCGGAUCCUUUGGAAAUGGAUACCAGCUGAAAUGACAGAAAUGAAAGAACUGUUGAACGACACAGCUGACAGCAUUAAGAACGCAGAAUAAAGGCAAAGCAGCAUGUUCUUGCAUCACUCAGUCC